GCUGCUGAAUCGAGCGCGGACUCAUCGCUCAGUCGCUGCUCCUCCUCGGCCCGACUGAGAGCAGCAAAGUCCGGCAUGUGUGGAUUAAAACGAACCGCUGUUUUUUUAUUAUCAUUAUUAUUAUCAUCCCGGUACUUAUUUUAAUAUAAACGUGACGGCUCGGGUCUGAUUUGUUUUUUGUUUUUUAUUUUAAGCGGCGGUAGAAAAAAAAAAAGUAGCUCGCGUGCUAAGCUGCGUUGCUAAGUGGUUGCUAACGGCUAAGUAACCGUUGGUUAACGGCUGUUUAACGGCUGAAGUGACAGUUAUGACGCAGGUGAUAUGACCGUUGUCACUCGGUUAAAUGGCGCGGGUAAAUAAGUUUAUAUGUAGUUGUGAGUGUUGAUACAACACCUGGUGCUACCUGUGUGUGUGUGUGUGUGUGUGUAUAUGUGUGUGUAUGUGUGUGUGUGUGUGUGUUAGCCACGUAACUGCUCCUUGCUUUUGGUGUUGACGUAGCAGGAGGCAGCUUAGCUCGCCCGUCCUGUCAGGCUACUUUUUACCGAUUUCUUUAUGUGCCAAGUUAAAAAACGAACUCCACCCGGGAUUCAAACAUGCUAUAGCUGGACUUGAUUCGUGGUGGCUCGUUUGGGUUUUCCCCCCGGUCCUCCUGUUGCAUUGAGCGGAUGAUGAAGCGGGUCAUCUGGCUGAUUUCAAGAUUAAACCGAAGAAUGAUGAAGCUGCUUUUUGCCCUCGCUCUGAUCGCCUACAUUGCCUCUGUCUGGGGAACGAACAUGAGAUCAAUACAAGAACACGGAGCGAUGAAGAUUAAGCAGGAAAUCGAUGAAGCUGUGGCUCCUCUCAGGGAGAAGAUUCGUGAUCUGGAACAAAGUUUUUCUCAGAAAUACCCACCUGUGAAAUUCCUGUCAGAAAAGGAUCGGAAGAGAAUUUUGAUUACUGGUGGAGCCGGUUUCGUCGGUUCCCACCUGACCGACAAGCUGAUGAUGGACGGCCAUGAGGUCACCGUGGUGGACAACUUCUUCACGGGAAGGAAAAGGAACGUGGAGCACUGGAUUGGCCACGAAAACUUCGAGCUCAUCAAUCAUGAUGUGGUGGAGCCUCUUUAUAUUGAAGUGGACCAGAUCUAUCACUUGGCAUCUCCAGCCUCUCCUCCCAACUACAUGUACAACCCGAUCAAAACACUCAAGACCAACACUAUUGGCACUCUGAACAUGCUUGGUCUGGCCAAACGUGUGGGCGCCAGACUCCUCCUGGCUUCUACGUCUGAAGUUUAUGGAGAUCCAGAGGUUCACCCACAGAACGAGGAGUACUGGGGCCACGUGAACCCGAUUGGUCCUCGAGCAUGCUACGAUGAGGGGAAACGCGUAGCAGAGACAAUGUGUUACGCCUACAUGAAACAGGAAGGAGUCGAGGUGCGCGUGGCCAGGAUCUUCAACACGUUUGGCUCCAGGAUGCACAUGAACGAUGGACGUGUUGUCAGCAACUUCAUCCUGCAGGCUCUACAGGGCGAACCUCUCACUGUCUAUGGCACUGGUUCCCAAACAAGAGCAUUUCAAUAUGUGAGCGAUCUGGUGAACGGCCUGGUGUUGUUGAUGAACAGUAACAUCAGCAGUCCAGUCAAUCUGGGGAACCCAGAGGAGCACACCAUACUGGAGUUCGCUCGCCUCAUCAAAAGUCUCGUCGUGAGUCGAAGUCAGAUCCAGUUUCUUCCAGAGGCCCAGGACGACCCACAGAGGAGAAGACCGGACAUCCGGAAAGCCAAGAUGAUGCUCGGCUGGGAGCCGGUGGUUCCUCUGGAGGAAGGCUUGAAUAAAACCAUCCAGUACUUCAGUCGGGAACUCGAGCACCAGGCCAACAACCAGUACAUCCCCAAACCUAAAGCCGCCCGCAUGAAGAAAGCAAGACCCAGACACAACUGAGGUGACCCACCAACAGACUCGCCUAAAACACAGAAGGAUGUUUAGGACUCCUCAGAGGACCCUUGAAGAGCCGCCUCUCUCAAGUACACUGUUGAGUCGAGCACUCUGGGAUAUGGUGUCUUCUUUUUUUUUGUUUGUUUUUUUGUUUUUAAAGAAGCAGAGACAACUUUUCUCUUUUUAAAGUCUCUUUAAAAAAAAAAAAAAAAGAUUUAGAAAGUGUUGCCUUGCGUUGGAGCUGCAGCUGCACUGUGGGGGUGAGAGCUUCCUCACCGGACGGACACGCCUGAAUCAAAAAACAGAAAUUUGAGGCAAGAAAUCAGAAACCCAGCCUGCCUUUUUUUAUUUUUAUUGUGAAUUUGUGCUUUUUUGUUGCUAUUUAAAUCACAGACGUGAGUCCUGCAAACAGCUCGUACUGUGCAUCAGUGUUUAUUUGAUCGGUUUCAUAGUGUUUUGUCUCUGGAGCUAUCUGACUUUUGUUUUUCCACUGGAUGUUUCGUCUUCUUUUAUCAGUGACCAGCAUCCUGUUCAGCAAACCGACGGGACUGGAACCAAACUAUUAGACUAGGCUGUUACGGCAUCACUACGUGUCAAUCAAUCGUCAGGACGUCAUUGUGUUCUGCUUUGUGAAAUCUCAUGUCAGGAUGUGCAUUAUCGGGUUUCAAAUGAAGAUGUUAUUUUAAUAAAAUAUUUCCAAUA